UCCAAUGGAAAAAUCAAGCAUACUUAUUAUUGUGAGAUGCUUAGAAUGAGACAUGAUUUUUAACCCGGAGGAAGAAUUGCUUCCGUCAGACGAUAAGCCUUUCAAUUUUUAUCAGAUUAGAUGAAAAUAUGCACAUGCACAUUUUUUACUCAUGAGCUAGACUACGAAGAAGAAGAGUCUCACGGGUUCCUAAAACAAAUUAUGGAUUAUCCCUAAAGUUGCUUCUAAAAUACGAAUGUUUUUUAUGCUCCGCACCCUUAAUUCAAUUUAACAUCAUAAAUCAAUCACAACCAUGCCACAACUAUAGUGAAUCAUAUUACGACUAUGUAUAGGACUACGUAUUACCGGCUAUGCAAAGCUACCAAUAUGAGUCAUUUGUAAUAUGAACUUAUGAACACAGUCACAAAAAAAUUAGUACUUAAUACUUAACCUAUUUAGAUUCUACACAAAUCCAUAUCAGUUUGUACGCACAACUUCUUAUCAUUUUUUCACUGCAUCAUUUUGCUAUUAAUGAUAGCGAUGAUGAUGGCCGGUCAAGUUGUGUUAUACGUAUCAUAAAAGAGUACAGGAUCCGCUACUAACACGUGAACGUGUUCACUCUUGAAUUGCUCCGAAACGGGUUUGAGUUUCGGUUCCAAAUUUUGAGCAUAACGACAUGUGAUUGUUGAUAAGGGCUGAGCAAAAAAUUAGCUCUCUAGAUUCAAAAAUGACCCUACCAUUGACCUUAGAGUAAGAGGGUACCAUAAAAACACUUUCCAAACUUAAUUUUUCGUACACAGACAUAAUUAACCACUUCAAAAUUCAAGGACAACAAGUUUCGAAAACAGGGAUACAUAAGGUACUGAUAAAUGAAGGUCAACAACGACAAGCUCGUACCAAAGGACAACCAUCAUGCCUCAAACCCGAGUCCGAAAAGUGCUAAUUCGGCCCGUGCUUAAGAAAAUUGACCUAUUGACCUCUAAGGGCAACUCACCACCCCAGAGAGCAGUGGCACGUCUAACCAAAGUGUCAUAGAUUAGGGUGCGACGAGCAAUUAAAAUUUUGCAGAAGCAAAAAAGAAGAAAAAUCCGAAUCCAUCAGCUGACUGAGAAGCAUAAACAAAAUCGUCGUCUGACCUGCAAAAAGUUUUAUAUAAAUUACCUAACAAAAGAUAAAAGUGACUUUUUAGUGUCGUUGGAUGAAGAAUUAUUUUCUUUAAAGAUACCAACGGUCAUAGAAAAAUUUACUAUACAACCAAAGAAGAAAAUAAUUCCAGAAGAUUGACCAUCCCGCACACGGAAAACUUUUGCAACAAGUUCAUGGUGGUUGGUGCAUUAUCUGGUCGUGGUGUCCUCCCACUUAUCAAAAUUCCACAAAAAGUGAAGGUAACUACGAAGUACUUCAUUGACUUUGUUUUAAAACCGCUUUUGGAGAUUCAUGUCCCAAAACCAUAUGGCAAGGACACAAAAAAAGUGAUAGUUCAUCACGACGCAGCGUCAUCACACACCGCCCUUUUGACCCAGGAUUACGCCAAGGACCUGAAAGCUAGACUCGGGAUAACAAUCAUCCAAAAUAGUGAAAUGCCUGUUAAGUCACUCUAUGUAAGUCCUAUGGAUUUAUUCGGCUUUGGAUAUCUGAAACAAAAUCUUUUCUCCGCCACCCAAAAACAUUUGACGGAGUUUGGAAAGUUAUGGGAGACGAGUGGUCUAAAGUUGACUUCGCCAUGGUCAAAUCAGUGUACAGAAGUUGAAAUCGCCGAUGCCGAUUUGUAGCUCGAGAAAAGGGCUUUCACAUAAAAAAUGUUCGGGACCUAAACUCCAAGCCGUUCAACCAGUAAUUGAAGGUCAAAAACGUUCACGUGUUAGUGGCGGAGCCUCCGUAUAUGAUUUUUAACUCAUUUCAUCAGCUCCAUCCAUACGUAUUAUAUGUGUAAAUAUAGCAAUAGUGUUAUUUAUUUCGUACUCACAGCUUAGUUUACUGCGUUCCACUAACCAUUCUAGUUGAUUGCUAAUAAAUAUCGCCAUUUUUUGUUAUGCACAGAAAGAUUCCAUGCAAUCAUAACGAAGAAGUGUUGCCUACUGUGCUCUUUCUUAGAGAAAAUUCAUGAUAGCUGCAUGGAUAGAGUUUGGAGAAAAGUAUUUUCAAGUGUUGGUAGUCUCAUCCCCAAAAAGCAGGUGUGCAGAAGGAUGUCAACGUCUGAAGCUACACAAAAUCUUCAAGCUGAAGAUGUUGGGUUAUCAUAUUCUGAUGCCAUCAUCAAACUCAAUUCCUUGCAAUCAAAUGCCCAAAUUAGGGCUAAACUUGCGUGUGAAAGGGAUUCGAGAAAGUUGAAGAGCCUCCCAGAAAUGACCAUGUUUUUGGAGACGAUCGGUAUUUCCAAGACUGACCUGGAAUCCUUAAACACGAUUCACGUGACAGGGACCAAGGGCAAGGGAAUGACGUGCGCUUUCACCGAGUCCAUGCUUCGAAAGGCUGGACUUCGUACAGGAUUUUACUCUUCUCCCCAUUUGGUUGUCGUCCGAGAAAGAAUUCGAAUCAACGGGACUCCGAUUUCUCCAGAGAAAUUUGCAAAGUACUUUUUCCCAGUGUACAACAGCCUCCACGCUUGGCAGAUGAAAUACCCAGAGUUUCAGAUGCCACCCUACUUUCGCUUUAUCACUUGUAUGGCAUUUUACGCAUUCCUGAAGGAGAAAGUUGAUGUUGCAAUAUUUGAAGUGGGCAUUGGAGGGCGAUAUGAUUGUACAAAUGUUAUUCCAAAUCCCACUGUGGUGGGAAUUACUUCACUUGGACUGGAACAUCAGUCCAUGCUUGGUAACACGUUGGAAGAGAUUGCCUGGAACAAAGUGGGGAUCAUGAAAGCAAAUUGCCCUGCUUUCACCGUAGACAACCAUCCUAGUGAUAUUUUGAAAUUGAUGCAAGAUUACGCUAUACAAGUUAAUUGUCCCUUUGCUGUGGUUCCGAAAAUGUGCGAAUUGUCAAAGAAAGUUCAGCUAGGUGUAGAUGACGGAAAUGUGUCUGAAUUGAACUCUGCCUUGGCAGUUCAGCUAACAACCUCAUUUCUUAAGCAAAAGUUUCCCGAAAAACUACAUCUUUGUGAAUCAGAAAAAGAAAUACCUUUCUUCCAAUGUUCCAAAUUACUCUCUCCUGCUCACAUUUCAGGUUUAGAAUCCACUCGGUGGCUGGGAAGAUUUCAGAGGAUUCCGAAAUCCAAUUUUCUCCAGUACUAUCUGGAUGGUGCACAUACGCCAGCAAGUUUAUGCAUCGCAUUGGAAUGGUUCACGAAUGUGUCUAGCAAAAGUUCUUGCCAUGUUUUGAUAUUUAAUGUAACUGGCGAGCGUGCCUCGGAUCUUGUCAUUCCCUUCGCUCAAUCCAAUAUAUUCCAAUUGGCCAUUUUUUGUCCAGUUGUCCGUCGCGGAACAACUCCGGAUCGUGAUAACUGGAAUGUGUUGAAUGUAUCUCGUGAGACAGAUCUCAUCAGUGUAUGCAAGAAACAUGCCGAAGAAUGGAACUCGGUCAAUUCAUGUGCGUCCUUAAUUUUGGACAGCACCGAUGCAGCAAUCGACUUUGUAAACGGCCUGUCCAACCAAACCACGAAGGCUCACCACUUGGAACUUUUCACUAGUAAUAAACAGAACGUAUCCGAAACUGUGGAGGUACUAGUGACUGGAUCCCUACAUCUCGUAGGAAACGUAUUAUCUAUUCUUGUACCAUCGAUGAACGAUGAAUAAAAAAUGCUCAUUAGCUUAUUUUACUAAUA